UACACUAUGCUCAUUUUCAGACGCUGCAGUUUUAUGGCAUUUAAUGCAGCCUCUCUCUUUCACUCUUUCUUUUCUCUUUCUCUCUACACAGUCUUGCCUGCAACAGCGAUAGCCUUCCAACCAUCCAUCUUGAUUUCUUGUCAUGCAAUUCAUUCACCUCUUCUCCCAUAUGUAAAAAGAUGUGCUAUGCAGUGCAGUGAAAUGGAAAGAGAUGUAGUACCAGGCUUUUGUCAUAAAAAGCUUUUUGUGGAUGAACCUGAGAGAAUCAAGCUAAGUCCUCCAUGAUUCCUAAUGUGAUCUAUAGUGUUUUUUGUCCAAAGUUGCUGAAAUCCCUCAUGCAUCUAUGUUUACUGGUAAGUGUUUAGUGUUUCUCUCUGCAGAAACAGAAAAAAAUUUAAAUUUUACUCACAUUGGCCUGGGAGAAGAACAGAAAAAGUAGUUGGGUUUCUCUUUAUGUUGUUGCUUUCCCGGUUGUUAUUGCUAAAUUAUUGUCUUAGUUGGGAGUUCUGACCUGGGUAGUUGUUAGUUUUUUUCACAUUCACUUCAACUCUACUGUUUUAUUUGUGGAAGUUCAAUAUAUAUAGUUUGUUUCGUCUUUCCUUAGCCAUGGGGGCAAGGGAGUAUAAUGGUUUUCAGUUCCUUAUAUGGCUUCAGAAGGACAAAAUUUUUCUUCUAGAUAGUGGUUCUCUGCUGGAUUUUGUUUUUGCACAGACACAGGCAUGAGACUCUCUAUUAAGUGGGUAUUUUGUAGUCAUUGAAAGUUGGGGAAGGCUUUUUGUAAUGGGGUAUUUGGUAGGAGAUUUCCUCAAUAGGGUCAUGAAUAUGAACACUUGGAGAGCUGGAUUGCUGGUGGAACUUAUGGUUUUAUCGGAUUUAUUGUGGUUAGUUUCAGGUUUAGGUUCCAUGUCUUCCAUUGCCAUUUCUUAUGGUGAGAAAGGUCCUGUUUUCUGUGGUCUAAAAUCAGAUGGAUCACAUCUUGUAACCUGUUAUGGUGCAAACUCUGCUAUAAUCUAUGGAACUCCAGCUCAUUUUCCAUUUAUGGGUCUAACAGCUGGUGAUGGCUUUGUCUGUGGGCUUCUAGCCGAUUCAAACCAACCUUAUUGUUGGGGUAGCAGUGGUUAUAUCCAAAUGGGUGUUCCCCAGCCCAUGAUUAAAGGAUCUGAGUACUUGGAAAUCAGUGCUGGCGAUUACCAUUUAUGCGGCUUGAGGAAACCCUUAACCGGAAGGCGCAGAAACACUUCUUUGGUUGAUUGCUGGGGCUAUAACAUGACUGAAAACUAUGUGUUUGAUGGACAGCUUGAGUCGAUUUCAGCUGGUUCUGAAUUCAGUUGUGGUUUGUUUUCUCAGAAUAGAACUGCCUUCUGUUGGGGUGAUGACACUAGUAGCCAGGUGGUGAGCUUAAUUCCUAAAAACAUGAGGUUUCAGAAGAUUGCAGCUGGUGGAUAUCAUGUUUGUGGGAUUUUAGAGGGGGUAAAUUCUAGAGCUUUUUGUUGGGGAAGGAGCUUGAACAUUGAGGAAGAAAUCUCUGUGGCCUAUGCGGGUCAAGGAAAUGUAGACUCGGCUCCAAAUGUUCCAAUGCUUUCUGUUGUGGGGGGAAAGUUUCAUGCUUGUGGAAUUAAGAGCUAUGAUCGUGGAGUUAUUUGUUGGGGUUUCAUCAUCAAACCAAGCACCCCGUCUCCUAGUAGCACUAAGGUUUAUGAAAUUGCUGCUGGGGAUUACUUCACUUGUGGAAUUCUUGCUGAGAAAUCUCUGGCACCCUUUUGUUGGGGUCUUGGAUUUCCUAAUUCUCUUCCAAUAGCUGUCUCCCCGGGACUCUGCAAGCCUACUCCAUGUGCUCGCGGUUUCUAUGAAGUUAGCCAAGAGAAUGCCCCUUGCAAGUCUCCUAAUUCUCGCGUUUGCAUGCCAUGCAGCAAUGGCUGCUCUUCUGAAAUGUAUCAAAGUUCUGAAUGCACUUUGAAAUCUGAUAGGCAGUGUGCUUAUAACUGUUCAAGUUGUUUAUCAGCUGAAUGCUUCUCAAAUUGUACUUCAUAUGCCAAUGGCAUUAAUGGAAAGAAGAAUGAAAGGUUUUUGUCACUGCAAUGGCCAGUCAUUGUUGCAGAGAUUGCCUUUGCUGUUUUCUUGGUGAGUAUUGUGUCUUUAACUGCAGUUUUAUAUGUACGCUACAAGUUACGGAAUUGUCAGUGCUCAGGGAAAGGAUCAAAGACCAAGAAGAAUAAUGGGGGUGGUUCUGCAUUCCAAAAUGAUACCAGCAAGAUCCGUCCUGACUUGGAAGAGCUGAAGAUAAGGAGAGCUCGGAUGUUUACUUAUAAGGAACUUGAGAGAGCCACUGAUGGGUUUAAAGAAGAAACCCUUGUGGGGAAGGGAAGUUUUUCCUGUGUUUUCAAAGGGGUUUUGAAAGAUGGGACAGUAGUUGCGGUUAAAAGGGCUAUUACAUCUCCGAACAAGCAAAAGAAUUCAAAUGAGUUUCAUACAGAACUCGAUCUACUUUCAAGGUUGAACCAUGCCCAUUUGCUGAAUUUACUUGGAUAUUGUGAAGAAAGUGGUGAAAGGCUUCUUGUUUAUGAGUUCAUGGCUCAUGGGUCCUUGCAUCAACAUCUUCAUGGGAAAAACAAAGCCCUGAAGGAGCAACUGGAUUGGAUUCGAAGGGUCACAAUUGCUGUCCAAGCAGCACGGGGUAUUGAAUACUUGCACGGUUAUGCUUGCCCACCUGUAAUUCACCGAGACAUUAAGUCUUCAAACAUCCUCAUCGAUGAAGAACACAAUGCCCGAGUAGCUGAUUUUGGUUUGUCAUUAUUGGGACCUGCUGAUAGUAGCUCCCCACUGGCUGAGCUACCAGCAGGAACUCUUGGGUAUCUUGAUCCUGAGUACUACAGGCUUCACUACCUUACAACCAAAUCCGAUGUCUAUAGCUUUGGUGUUCUGCUACUGGAGAUUCUUAGUGGCAGGAAAGCCAUUGAUAUGCAAUAUGAAGAAGGGAAUAUAGUUGAGUGGGCAGUUCCUUUGAUUAAAUCCAGUGACUUAAAUGCAAUUCUGGAUCCCGCUUUGAAGCCUCCUUCUGAUCUUGAUGCCCUGAAAAGGAUUGCAAAUGUGGCUUGUAAAUGUGUGAGAAUGAGAGGGAAGGAGAGGCCAUCAAUGGAUAAAGUGACCACAGCUUUGGAGCGAGCGCUUGCACAGCUAAUGGGUAGUCCAAGCAAUGAGCAACCAAUUUUGCCUACUGAGGUAGUAUUGGGAAGUAGUAGAUUGCACAAGAAGUCCUCUCAAAGAUCUUCGAAUCGGUCAGUCUCAGAAACUGAGGUACCAGAAGCUGAGGAUCAAAGGUUUGAGUUUAGAGCACCUUCAUGGAUAACUUUUCCUAGUGUUACUUCUUCCCAGAGGAGGAAGUCAUCAGUCUCAGAUGCAGACGUUGAUGGGAAAAACUUGGAAGCGAAAAAUCAGGGAAAUGCAGGAAGUGGUGUUGGUGAUGGGUUGAGGAGUUUGGAGGAAGAGAUUGGUCCUGCUUCUCCUCAAGAGAGCUUGUUCUUGCAGCACAAUUUCUAAAAUGCCUUAAAAGCUUCUCAAGCAGAAGUCAGGUUUUAAAUUUUUUGAUUGGUCUUGCUGGGUUUGGAUUAGUUUCUUGGAGGCUGAAAUGUAAAAAGAAGAAUGGGAGGUUGUAAUUUUCUUGAUUUCUAGUGCUACAGUUACAAACUACUAUUGACCACCACCAUGUUGUUUUGUGACUUUCAUCCUAGUUUCUUAUGUAUUCAAUCUUACAGUUUGGUAGUUUUACAGUCUCCAGGACAUUAGAUUUAGCAUCUUAGUAGAUUCCAUUCUUUUAUGUCAUUGUACUGGUUGUAACUCUUC